UUCAAAUCAAAAUGGCGGUGUUUCCUUCGCUUCUUCCCCGUCUAACGGACGACUUGUGGUUUAGCGUGGAUAAAAGACUAGACGAUGAUGCUAUACUAGCAAAAGAAGAAGAAGAGUAUAUUUCUCAUCUUCACUCGAUUGUGGAGAAGGGAAAUGAUAUCGUUCCUCUUGGAAAAUCCAAAGAAUCAAAUGAGGGUCAGGAAGAUGAAGAAGAAGAGGAAGAAGAAAUGGAGGAUGAAGAUUCUGCAGAGGAAUUAGAAGAUACUGAUGAUUAUGAUGAUUCACCAAGCCCUGAUGCGGAAUCCGUUGAGGAAGAGGUGGAAAUGAUGGAUUCCAGUUUUAUGUAGGCUCUUCCAUUCAAACUUACUUGUAAGUA